CUUCCGCUUUAAAAUUCACAAAGACCCGACGGACAGGACCAAGACAGACUGAGACGUCUGUGUGGUAGCAGAUGAAGACACUGAUGUGCUGUGGCGCCCUUGGAUGUGGGUCUGAUAGAAGGGAAGUCCUUGCUACCAUCCAUGGAAACCAAAGAGCAUGGGAAAAAUGGGAAGAAAAAGGUCCUUCUGAAACCUAAAUCCUUGAGGUACUUACGAAGAAAGUCACAGAAUUAUCAUAAAGAUGAUGGCAGUCAGUGCUACUACGGAACAGACGAGGAGGAGUAUGUCUACAGAACAGUCCAUCGAUAUUCAUCAAAUAACUUUCCAUUAUUUUCUAACAUGUCAGACGACGAGGUUAUCAAAAAUUCUAAAUCAAAACAGUUUACUGGACAACCCAUGGUUUUAUCACAGAGGCAAGUCAAAAACAAAGAAAAUGAAACAUUAGAAACCUUUCCAUUCCAAUCACUUCCUUAUGAAUUGAAGAUGAAAGUAUUCACCUACCUUAAUCACAUCGACAAGGGCCUGUCCAUGAGGGUGUGCCGAGAGUGGAAAGAUCUUCUGGUCAAUCCAGCCUUGUGGAGUACUGUGAUGUUGUGCGACUUCCCAAUGACAUGCAUGCCCUCAAGAAACCACCUGCAGUCCUCACACUGUUAUCUGUGCUACAAUGAACGAGUUCACAUGUUUGCUAGAUACUUACAAAUCCUUGGCCCACCAAUAAAAUAUCUGGAUUUCAAGUUUGACAUUGGUGAACCUGAUGACAACUAUAUAGAGAUACUUCAGAACUUUCUCAGCAAGGGAAACCUUCAGUCUUUAGGCCAUUUCAACUUCAACUGGAAAGAGACACCUUCAAGACCAUUUUGGUCUGACUGGUCAAAUUGCAAUGAUAUUGUAUUCAGACAGAGAUACAGAGGAAGGAUCUUUGUGUAUUUCUUCGACGACCUCACAAAGGUGGCAACGAAAAUUACAACACUUCUACUGCCGUUUGAUUGGUCAGACAGAAGCGUUAUGUGUCUCACACGUCUCCAGAACUUGCACACUUUAGUGAUAGAGAAAUACUUUGUAUUUCAAGCUAUGAAGCAAGACCUCCUUGACAAAAUGAUGGACGGCUUGCCCAAUCUCAAGCGUCUAAUGUUGGAAGUCUGGUCACCAAGUGGACCAGGUCUCGUACCCUACACCAUCCGAUCCAAGUCCCUAGAGUUCUUGGACAUCAGUCAGAGUCGAGGUUUAUAUCUGAAGGCACUAGACAUCCCUAAGAUGAUACGGUUCCGUGUUGCUAGGCGACCCUGGAAUGGUCCUUUAGUAUGUGCUGACAAGAUUGCUCUCCCUUGUCUGUACAACACAUUGCUGGAGGGGGCCCCUGGCCUGCACAAGCUCAAUGAUCACUACUUGGAAGAAAGCUGGAAGGACAAUGUCUACUCAACCUUAGAAGAAGUGCUGAAAGUUGUUUGUUCCUGUCGUAGACAUAAGACAGGUUGGGCCAUGUAAUCUUUUUAAAAUCAGCAACAGUUGGACACCGAUGAACUGUCAUACAAAAAAAAACCUUUUGUAAUGUUGGAUUUAUUGUGAUGUUUAUUUCCAUAUGUCAUGCGGAUGGCAAGCAGCUCUUUAGCAUCACAGUAUAUAGAUAAAAGUCAACAAAUUGUCAUACAAUGGCCAAAUGUACAUUGUAUUCAAAAUAUCAUGAUCCAUGGUUUAAAUACCAGGUCUAGAUAUGUCACAUGUACAUCAUGCCCUUAGAGAGGUGUCACAUGUACAUCACUUGGUUACCAGAAAUGUCACAUGUACAUCACUUGGUUACCAGAAAUGUCACAUGUACAUCACUUGGUUACCAGAAAUGUCACAUGUACAUCACUUGGUUACCAGAAAUGUCACAUGUACAUCACUUGGUUACCAGAGAUGUCACAUGUAAAUCACUUGGUUACCAGAAAUGUCACAUGUACACCACUUGGUUACCAGAGAUGUCACAUGUACAUCACUUGGUUACCAGAGAUGUCACAUGUACAUCACUUGGUUACCAGAAAUGUCACAUGUACAUCACUUGGUUACCAGAGCUGUCAUAUAUUGUUUACACAUAUCCUGUGUCGUGUUAAUGUUAUAGGUAUCUUUAUCUUUGUUAAGAAUGUCAACUUGAAAACUACAGUAGGUAAGAUGAUAUGUAUAUGGAGAAACCAUGUGCCUUAUAUGAUACUUACAAAAUGAAAAUUAUUAAUAUUUCCCAGAGAUCUUAAGAUUUGUUACUCAUUCAAAGCAGUUCAUAACAAGUGGUGUAUUUUUGGUGAAGUUUAAAGAAUUAAGAAUAUACUGUAGAAUAAUUUGUUUUUGCAGUCAGUCAUAAUUUGACUGUGAGGCUUAUGACAAUUUUUGUAGAUAAAGGCUAGAUCUUUGUCGGGACAAAAUGAAGUAUAAAUAUAUAUAUAGCUUUCUAGACUUUUGGACAAUUUCAUGAAGAGAUCAUAUGUAUCCAUUUAUAAUUUCAUUGGUCAUAAUAAUUGUCAUUUUUUACCUCUGUGAAUAUGGAUAAUUAUAUAAUUUAGUAAAACUCUGAUUGUGAAUCCUUUUGGCUCUGCUUAUCAGGUUAUUAACACUUGCUGAGGUUAAUGAAUGUUCAUACUCUCCUCAGAUGUAGUCCAUUAUCAAAACCCUCAUUGGAUGUCAUAUAAGCUUCUUUUUUUUUUUUAGUUCAGUUAUUAAUUAACCUUUGCAAAGAUCAAUCAUGAAUGAUCUCAGAUUGCAUAAUAUUUUUUGUCGUUAGUGUCCAUGAGACGUGGCCUGGACUAGUCUGUGUAUGUCGUACAUGCAUUCUCUGGAUCCAUGUUGGUGCAAAGUUAGGGAUUUGUUUUUUGUUUUUGUUAUCAAACUUAUUAUUAUGAUAAUAAUCAUGAUAUGUAUUGAUAUUUUCUUUUUUGUUAAUCUAUUAUCUUAAGUAUUCAGUGUCUGUUUCCAUGCCAGGUAUCAUACCUUGUAGGGCAAAACAACAGAAAUCACACUGUAGCGUGGAUUAUCUGAUUAACCAUGGAUGGGGUCAGCAUUUAUCUUUUGGUAUGAAGCAAAGCAAUGAUAAUUAAUUCUUCUCAAUGCAAUAAUAAGUAUUAUGUAAAAACAGUUGGCAAGUGAAAUAUUAACAGCAUAUAGUUACAGGCAAUUGAGAUGUCACCUCCAGAUGUGUCUCAACCAGUUGUUUAAAGAGGUGUGUCUCAACCAGUUGUUUAAAGAGGUGUGUCUCAACCAGUUGUUUAAAGAGAUGUGUCUCACCCAGCUAUUUACAGAGAGGUGCCUCACCCAGCUAUUUACAGAGAGGUGCCUCACCCAGGUAUUUACAGAGAUGCGUCUCCUCCAGAUGUUUUAAGAAAUUUGUCACAACCAGUUUUAUUCUGAGACAUGUCGAGAGGUGUACUCGGACGCGUACCCUGCUGUUUACAGACAUGUCUGACCCAGCUGUUGACCGAGAAGACCCUGCUGUUUACAGACA